CAGUGCUGGAGCUUCCUGGAGGAGGGAGUGAAAACAAGCCGCACAGACCUCUCAUAUAGAUCUAUAUUAUAUAUUAUAUCAUAUAUACCGUCAGUAUAUACAUCCAUGAGGUUAUAUUCAGUGGUUUAGUGGAGCUGGAGUGAGAUUAUAGCGCUAAUAAAGAUGAAUUUCUUCAGAGGAGUGAUUGGAGCACAGAGCGCCAGCACUCAGCCUUCUGGUGUAGAGACUAUUCAGAAGCUGUGUGACCGUGUGGCCUCGUCCACGCUGCUGGAGGAUCGGAGAGAUGCCGUCCGCGCCCUUAAAUCCCUCUCCAAGAAAUAUCGUAUUGAGGUGGGGAACCAGUCGAUGGAGCAUCUGAUCCGCAUCCUCCAGUCUGAUCGGUCAGAUUCUGAAAUCCUGGGUUACGCCCUCGACACCCUGUACAACAUCAUCUGUAACGACGAGGAGGAGGAACAAGACGACGGACAGAAGCGGCAGGACGACGAGGUCGGGGUUCAGUUCGCCGAGCGCUUCAUCCAGGAUCAGGAGAAUGUCACCCUGGUUCUCUCGCUGCUCGAGGAGUUUGAUUUCCACGUUCGCUGGCCGGGUGUGAAGCUUCUGACGGCUCUGCUGAAGAGCCAGUGCGCUCAGGUCCAGGGUAUCAUCCUCAUCAGCCCUAUGGGUGUUUCCAGGUUGAUGGAUCUGCUGGCUGAUUCCAGAGAGGUCAUCCGUAACGACGGUCUCCUGCUGCUGCAGCACUUAACCAAAGGAAACGCCGCCAUUCAGAAGAUCGUCGCCUUCGAGAACGCCUUCGAGCGCCUGCUGGACAUCAUCGCCGAGGAGGGGACGAGCGACGGAGGCAUCGUGGUGGAGGACUGCCUGCUCCUCCUGCUGAACCUGCUGAAGAACAACAGCUCCAAUCAGAACUUCUUCAAGGAGGGCUCGUUCAUCCACCGGAUGAAGCAGUGGUUCCAGCUGGGGGAGGAGAGCGGGGGCUGGUCCGCCCAGAAAGUCACCAACCUACACCUGAUGCUGCAGCUGGUGCGUGUGAUGGUUUCUCCGGUGAAUCCGCCCGGUGCCACGUCCAGCUGUCAGAAGUCCAUGUUCCAGUGCGGCCUGUUACAGCAGCUCUGUACCAUCCUGAUGGCUACAGGAGUACCGGCGGAUAUACUCACCGAGACCAUAAACACGGUGUCGGAGGUGAUCCGCGGCUCUCAGGUCAACCAGGAUUACUUCGCUUCAGUAAACGCUCCAUCUAACCCCCCACGUCCCGCCAUCGUGGUGCUCCUGAUGUCCAUGGUGAACGAGCGGCAGCCGUUCGUCCUGCGCUGUGCGGUUCUCUACUGCUUCCAGUGUUUCCUCUACAAGAACCAGACAGGCCAGUCUGAGAUCGUGUCCACUCUCCUGCCCUCCACUAUAGACGCCCAGUCGAUCUCGGCCGGCCAGCUCCUGUGCGGCGGCCUGUUCUCGGCCGACUCCCUCUCCAACUGGUGCGCGGCGGUGGCGCUGGCUCACGCCCUGCACGACAACGCCACUCAGAAGGAGCAGCUACUGCGGGUGCAGCUCGCUACCAGCCUGGGUAAACCGCCAAUCUCCCUGCUGCAGCAGUGCACCAACAUCCUGUCUCAGGGCAGUAAGGUGCAGACCAGGGUGGGUCUCCUGAUGUUGCUCAGUACCUGGAUGAGUAACUGCCCCAUCGCCGUCACUCACUUCCUGCACAACCAGGAGAACGUUCCCUUCCUGACGGCUCAGAUUUCGGAGAACCUGGGCGAGGACGAGCGGCUGGUUCAGGGUCUGUGUGCUCUGCUGCUGGGGAUCUGCAUCUACUACAACGACAACUCGCUGGAGAACUACACCAAAGAGAAGCUGAAGCAGCUGAUAGAGAAGCGGAUCGGGAAGGAGAACUUCGUGGAGAAGCUUGGCUUCAUCACCAAACACGAGCUGUACUCACGAGCGGCUCAGAAACCUCAGCCGGCGUUCUCCUCACCGGAGCACAUGCUGUUCGACCACGAGUUCACCAAACUGGUCAAGGAGCUGGAGGGUGUGAUCACCAAGGCGGUGCACAAAUCCACCGAGGAGGAGAAGAAGGAGGAGGAGGUGAAGAAGACCCUGGAGCAGCACGACAGCAUCGUCACUCAGUACAAGGAACUGAUCCGAGAACAGGACACUGAGAUAAACGAGCUGAAGGAGCAGUUAUCAUCAUUAACGUGUCAGAAGGAUCAGAUGGAGAACACCAUCACUCACCAGCUCUCUCAGAUCCAACAGCAUAAAGACCAGUACAACAUCCUCAAACUCAAACUGGGUAAGGACGGAGGAGGAUCUCAGGCUGACGUUCAGGUGAACGGUGUGCAGGUAGAGGAGCUGGAGGAGUUACGGAGGCAGAACGCGCUCCUGCAGGCGCAGCUCGCCGAAAGAGACGUCCUCGUCAACACAGUGAAAGCAGAAGGAGCUUCAUCAGCAGAACCAGCAGCUGCUCCAGAAAACACGGAAUUACUCAAGGAAGUAGAAGCUCUGAGGGUGCAGGUUGAGAAUCAGCAUGCUGAGAUCUCACAGCUCCACACUGAGAGAGAGGAACUACAGAGAAGAACCCAGACUGAGGCGGCUACAGUCAGUGAUGGAGACGACACACACACAGCUAAACACACAGAACUGGAGACCAGACUAUCAACACACACACAAGAAACACAACGACUACAGGAGGAGCUGCGGGCUCUGCUGGAGAGCAAGGUGCAUAUGGAGAAGGAGCUAGCGGCGGCUAACAGUACGGCGGCGAUCCUGCAGGCGGAGAAGGAGAAGCUGCAGCAGGACGUGAGUGAAUCUAAGAAGGAGCAGGACGAUCUACUGAUGCUGCUGGCUGAUCAGGACCAGAAGAUCUUCUCACUCAAACAGAGACUCAAAGAUCUGGGACAGACGAUCGAGGACGAGGACGACCUGGACGCGAGGGAUCAGUCUGACGACGACGCUGAUGAAGACGACGAUGAGGAGGAUGAUGAUGAUGAAGAAUAAAGACUGAAUAGAUUUAUCGGAAUUAGAGUUUUAAUUAGCGACACUAACGAGCGCGGAGAGACGAGCCGUCGUACAGAAGAGCGUCCACGUUUCUCCUCAUUUUAACGUUAGCGUGAUUCUCCUGCUUCACUCACUUUUAUUUCAUCUCAACGUUGUUUAAAGAUACCGCGCGACUCAGAUGCUAAUGUGGCUAACGGUAAAUAAAGGCUAGUAGCUACAGUAGCUACCGGUUAGCACGGCGUGAGUCGGUUCCUGUGCUUUUUAUUUGUGUUUUUUAUCCCAAAUCCCAACAGGUCUUGCAAUUCAACCGGACACUUCUGGAAAGCUAGCGCUGCUAACGCUAAUUGUAAGCAAGUUAGCAUGGGUUAGCAUGAACUGAUUUCCUCUUGGUUAGCAACGUUAGCAUUUGAGCAUCCAGCGCCGGAGUACAGAAAAUAAAAAUAACUGUAGAUUCAUUUCUGCACAAACCAG